GUAGAGACUGCUUCCUUAGCCUUUGCAAUGACUGCUCUUUGGGAAGAUAUUUUACAUAAUGACCAGCUCAUUCAGUACGUGGCCCCAAUUGCAGUGGAUGCAGCACUACUUGAAGGAGUUCUAAUGAGGACCAAAGAUGACCCCAAUGCAUCUGAUGUUGUGAAUUAUGCUCCCUUUACACUACUCCCAUCUGUAGUAUCAAGCUGCCUUCUUGAGCAAGCCUAUUCAGUACAGCAAGAUUUUAACCUGCUUGUGAAUGAAGUUAGCCAAAAUACAGAAUUCCUGGAGUCCACUCUUGCCAGUACUGUCAAAGCGGAUGACUUUACAGCUCAACUUUUUAAAAUCUACAGGCAGGUUUUGAAAGAAGGAGUUACUCAGUCAGUGGUUUUAGGAAUCAAUCGCUCUGACUACAUGUUUGAUCAUGGCACAGAUAGCAUUCCAGCUCUAAAGCAAGUAGAAAUCAAUACCAUUGCUGCCAGCUUUGGAGGACUCACAUCACGGACCACUGCAGUUCAUCGUCACGUGUUGAAUGUUUUGGGGAAGUCCAAGGAAGCUUCAAAACUAUUGACCAAUAAUCCAUCCAAAGGGAUUUCCAUGGGCAUUGCAAAAGCUUGGGAACUCUAUGGUUCAGACAGGGCAGUGGUAAUGUUCUUGGUUGAAGAAACUCAGAGGAAUAUUUUUGACCAACGCUGUGUAGAAAGUGAGCUGUGGAAGAGGAAUAUACGGGUGAUCCGGAGGAGAUUUAAAGAUGUGUUUGAAAAGGCAACUUUGGAUAAUGACAAAAGGUUACAUAUAGAUGGGGAGGAAGUUGCAGUGGUGUACUAUAGAGAAGGUUAUGUGCCAAAGAGUUAUAAUAAACAGAACUGGGAAGCACGGUUGUUGCUGGAAAGGUCCAGGGCAGUGAAGUGCCCCGAUAUUGCCACACAGCUUGCCGGAACAAAAAAAGUGCAGCAGGAGCUGAGCCGACCUGGAGUACUAGAAAGGCUGUUGCCCGAUAAGCCUGAAGCAGUGGCUCGAAUAAGAGCAACCUUCACUGGCCUCUACUCUCUGGAAAUGGAUGAAGAAGGUGAUAAGAUGGUUGCCAUGGCCAUAGUUGAUCCAGAGCGGUUUGUUUUAAAACCUCAGCGGGAGGGAGGAGGAAACAAUCUCUAUGGUGCUGAGCUCAAACAAGUUCUAGAGAAGAUUAAAGACAGUGCUGAGAGGACCUCUUACAUUCUCAUGGACAAGAUAAAGCCUCUUCCUGCACUGAAUUAUUUACUGCGGGCUCACAGUCCACUGAAACUAUCAGAAUGCGUAUCUGAAUUGGGCAUCUUUGGUGUCUACAUACGGCAAGGUCAGGAUCUCAUAAUGAACAACCAUGCUGGUCAUCUCUUGCGAACAAAAGCUGUAGAACAUGCAGAUGGUGGAGUAGCAGCUGGAGUAGCUGUUCUAGAUACCCCCUAUGUGAUAUGAAAGUGCAAUAACCUCA